AUGCGUUCCGCCGUCAUUCUUCUCACCUUGGCGACCGCGUCGCUGGGUCUCAACAUUGCCAAGGAGCGCCGACAGGACGAUCUAGCCUCCAUCCUGGCCGCCCUGGAGCAGACCUCUCCCGAGGAUGCAGCAGCGGCCAAGACCAGCAGCAGCUCUACAAAGAGACAAGAUGACUUGGCGUCGAUUCUGGCCGCUCUCGAGCAGUCGUCGCCAGAGGACGCCGCCGCGGCCAAGAGCGCCUCCUCCUCCUCCCAGGCCGACAAGCGCCAGGACGACCUCACCUCCAUCAUUGCCGCGCUCCAGGAAACAAGCCCCGAGGAUGCUGCUGCGGCUUCAAGCGGCAAAGAAUCAUCAUCCGAGAAGCGACAGGAUGACCUUGCUUCUAUCCUCGCUGCACUAGAGCAGACGUCUCCAGACGAUGCCGCUGCCGCCAAGUCUAACAGCAGCAAGUCGCAAAAGCGCAACGACAUUGGCGACAUCUUGGAUGCCCUGGGUGAGACCAGCCCCGAUGAUGCUGCGGCUGCUGAUGCCGGUAUCCCCGAGUAG